GUGAGUGAGCGCGCGAGCGAGCGUGUGAGUUGCCGGAUCGGUUUCUCGGGGUUUGACCAGUUGUCCCAGGCUAACCCUGCUCUCUGAAGAUGGAGGAAGUAAAAAACAGGAUUACCCUUAGCUACAGAUCCACUGCCUUAGUUUCCAUAACCAACUGCGGGGCGCAAACACACGAUCGCUAAGCCUAGGAAAGAAACCGAGAAAGGAAAAGACUCAUUAACAAAACAAACAAACCGGGAGGAUGGUGGAAUUGUUUCCCUACGCGCAUUGCUAAGCACUGCACUUUGAUUAUGGAAGUGGAGGCUACUGAUGGAUACCUGCCCUGUGACCAUGACCUUUCACCUGAAAGGGAACACUCCAAUGUGGCGAUUGACCUUACUUCAAGCACACCCAAUGGGCAACAUACCUCACCAAGUCACCUGACAAGCACAAAUUCCAUAAAGCGGGAAAUGCAAAGCGAUGAUGAGGAUUCUAACAGAAAGCGUCUAAAGCGGGAAGAUGGGAUCAUUGGGCAGGAUGAAGGGAGCAGUUUGGAAGAGCCCCUGAUUGAAAACCAGGAGAUUGGGGAGAACAGAAAAAUGCAGGAGCUGUCAGGCGAGGGAGGAAUCCGGCUUCCGAAUGGUAAACUGAAAUGUGACGUCUGUGGCAUGGUUUGCAUUGGGCCCAAUGUGCUUAUGGUACAUAAAAGGAGUCACACUGGUGAGCGUCCCUUUCACUGUAACCAGUGUGGAGCUUCCUUCACCCAGAAGGGGAACCUACUGAGGCACAUCAAAUUACACUCCGGAGAAAAACCAUUCAAAUGUCCCUUUUGUAGUUAUGCCUGCCGAAGAAGGGAUGCUCUCACAGGACACCUCAGGACACACUCUGUAGGUAAACCUCAUAAAUGUAACUACUGUGGACGAAGCUACAAACAGCGCAGUUCUUUGGAGGAACACAAGGAACGCUGUCACAACUACCUUCAAAAUGUCACCAUAGAGGCCACGGGGCAAGUGAUAAGUCAUCAUGUCUCUACUAUGGAAGAUUAUAAGGAGCAAGAAGCUGGGAUGGACAACAAUGUUACUCUGGUGCCUUUUGAAAGACCUGCUGUUAUAGAGAAGCUGACAAGCAACAUGGGAAAGCGUAAAAGCUCCACCCCACAGAAGUUUGUGGGUGAAAAGCUCAUGAGAUAUGGUUAUCCAGAUAUUCAUUUUGAUCCAAGCUUACCAUAUGAGAGAGAUGCUGAGCUGAUGCAAACCCACAUGAUGGAUCAAGCAAUCAACAAUGCGAUCUCUUACCUUGGGGCAGAGGGACUUCACCCAUUGAUGCAGCACACUCCAAGCACAAUUGCUGAUGUGGCACCUGUCAUAAGUUCAUCUUAUGCUCAGGUCUAUAAUCCAAGCAGGAUAGAAAGACCAGUAAGCAGAGGAACCACUGAUAGCAAUGAAAAUAACAUGGAUGGCCCACUCUCCCUCAUCAGACCAAAGAGUCAUCCCCAAGAAAGAGAGGCUUCACCUAGCAAUAGCUGCCUCGAUUCCUCUGACUCAGAGAGCAGCCACGAAGACCACCAGUCCUUUCAAGGAAACCUUGCCUUAAAUCCCAAACGAAAGCAAAGUCCAGCUUACAUGAAGGAUGAUUCCAAGGCUUUGGAGGUCAGUAAAGCAUCAAAGGGCUCUUUAAAGGAUAUCUAUAAGGUCUUCAAUGGAGAAGGAGAGCAGAUAAGGGCAUUUAAGUGUGAACACUGUCGAAUUCUUUUCCUGGACCAUGUCAUGUACACCAUUCAUAUGGGGUGUCAUGGCUACCGGGACCCCCUAGAAUGCAACAUUUGUGGAUACCGGAGUCAGGACCGAUAUGAGUUCUCUUCCCACAUUGUCCGAGGAGAACAUACAUUCCACUAAGCCUUCUUUUCCAAAGGAGACACUGAAGUAGAAAAACAAACACUGCACAUGAAGAAAUACUGCACUUGCAAGCCCACUUUUCCUCAGAUGUUGACACAGCUCUUCUCAUUGGUUCUCUUCCUUGCAGCUAUUUUUAAUUAAUGUUGUUUUUGUUGUUGCUGUUUUGGCGAUCCAGUCUCACCUUACCACCAGUGGUGAGGUGAGAAGGAAGAAAAGGAGGGACCAGAGAGUAGUUUGGCUUAUUGUUUUUGCUAUGAAAAUGGAUGUUGCCCUUUCAUGGUGGAAAGUGAAAGGGAGUUCAUUUCUGUCACAAUUUUCAUAUAGUUUUUUACAUGCUGAACUCAGCAAGGUGCUCUGACAUCUUAGCAAAUUGCCAUUUGGGGAGAGAAUAAUAAUUUCAAAAAAAUAAAGCCCUUUUAAAUAUGUAGCUAAAAUUUUGUUCAGGAUGGGAGAUGAAAUUCUUAUUUUGCAAAAAUCCUAGCAAAAGGGGUGUGCUUAGGGGCAGGGAGAGGUUUCACUUAAGACUAAAUAUGUUCUACAGAUUUAGGAGCACCAAUAAAUAACAAGGUUUGCUUGAAUGUUAUUUCCUGAGGUGAGGUUCUUAUAAGGUAUUGGUUGUCUUGAAUGUAAAUGAAUUUAUAUCUAAAUACUAAAUUACAUAACUGAUAUUUGAUUUUUUCAUGGGAUGUGACAUCCUCCAGGAAAUCUGAAAACAUAAAAUGUUAUUUUACUUAUCCCAAUAUGCACUUUUAAAAAAGAAAGAAAAUUGCUAGGAUCCUUUUAUGCCACUCAUUUCCCAGCUUCCUAUAGGUCUGUGUAUUUUUUUAAAAUUGUUAGGUGAUUAACAAUUGGAGUCUGGGUAUGUUUACUCAAAAAUAAGCUUCACCUGGUUCAGAAGGAGUUUAUUUCCUAGUAAAUAUUCUUAGUUUAGAAAUACAGAUAUGAAUAUUUAUCUAGCAGGUUUUGCUGCUUUAGAAUCUCAAAUAUGCUCAUUACAAAUGCAUUUGAACUAUGAAAUACUUAUAUUUUCUUUUCUUUUUACUUUUUGUGGUAUGAAGCAUUAAGAAACCAAGUAAGUUCUUCAGUCAGGAGAUCUGUAUCCUGAAACAGCUAGUUAGACUGCCCUAAUGACUGAGGCAGCCUACAAAUUGAUACCUAAUUUAAUUAUAUAAGGAUAUGGAAACACUGUUAGAGCUACUUUAUUAUUGCCAUCUUUUCUACGCACACAUAGGGAAAGAAAUAUAUAUUUUGUGCAAAAAUAUCUCUCAGCACAUUUUUAAAACUGCAGCAAGCAGAAACACACACACAUACUCACACAAAGUAAUCAUAGUCAUAAAUAAUGAUUUCUUACUAAAUAGGAGAACUUUUUUUUUCAAAUGAAGCUGAAUUGAACCAGGAGCCUUAGAUUAUGCACAGGCUGAUUACUUGCCUGAAAAAUAAUUUCAGGUUUUAGUUACUCCCUUGAUCAUAUUAACAAAUAAAGACUACAGUGAAUUACUAGGUUAGAAAUAUUAAGGCUUGAUUAUAUAGCUCUGAAUAUAAUAUAUGAUCUGGAUUUAUAAUAUUCAAUUUUAUCAAUCUUUUCCCCCUCAACUAUAUUGGUUAGUUGGGCUAGUUGGGUUUUUUUAAUAAAAUCAGUGACUACCUCACAUUUUUCUACAUUUUUAGAUAUUUGCACAUCUGGCUGUAAAAUUACAAAGAGGAUAGAUUAAAAACCAUACCUUUUCUGAUUAGAACUUUUUGGUAAAGGAUCUUGUGACCCUGCAGAUAUUGCUGAAUUACAGCACAGCAAAGGGAAGGGGUUGCUAGGAGUUGCAGUUAAAAAUAUCUUCAGCACCCUAGGCUACUGCCUCAGGUUGCCUCUCGAAACAAACCAUUUGCUGUCUUUAAUUUUACGUAUUUCAUUCAGCACAUUCAAGCAUAAAGAGGGUUAGUGAAUUGGUUUCUAAAAUGGAAUUGAAAAACUAAAAGGUAUGUUAUUCUUUUUCAUUACAAAAUGGGAAUGGCAGCCAAACAUCCUAUGCAGUCCAGUACAUGAUAGAAAUUAAAGUAAUUUUGCUUUAACAUUUCCUUCAGAAAGCAUGUUUCGCUUGUACAUUCGGUGUCCAAAACAGGGUUCCUGAAGCCAGACUGUUGCUUCUUGCAAUAGCAAUAAAGAUUUAAGUAACAAAUUUCUCCAAAAUAAAUACAAGCCAAAAAUUAUAAACUACAUACCUAGUAUUAAUAUCAGAUAAGAAUUUCAUGGCAGGAAGUGCCAGAGCAAACAGUUCUAUUCGCAGUUGCUUGCCAGAAAUUGUGGGUUAUGUUUUACCCUCCAACAGAAGUGUUUCCCCUUCCCUCUGCCAUUCCCCAUGAAUCCCAAAAAGUUUAUCUGGAAGUUUGAGGACCUUCUGGAUGUUGGAUGGUACCCAUUGACAUUUUAUGAUUUGCAUGGUCACUUGUACAAUGUGAAACAAAGCUAAAUCAGGAACCCUAUCUUAUCCAGAGGCUCAGUCAGUCAAUCUGAUUAAUGACCUGCACCUAUUUUUGGUGGAGAUUAAAGUGGUUACCAUUUGAAGAUUAUGAAUGAAUACAUUUCAAAUGAAUAUUCUGUUGUUUUUCUGAGCACUUGAACUAGUCCAGAUUGAACUUGAGAAUCUUGAAUUAGAAGUAGAUUGUAGGCAUUUCUUGCUUCUCCUAUCUCAUUUCUGAACAUCUCUUGCACCCAGUUGCUGACCUACUUUUCUAUCUUAAAAGCUGUUUAGAAAGGUCACUUGCAAUGGUGGGAUUCAGCUGGUUCACACCAAUUCAGGUUAACCGGUUAUUAAAUUACCCAACCCCUGCUAUCAAAAUGGAUCCUGGGUGCUGCUCUGCGCUGCAAUGGAGAAACGGGCAAUGGAGCAGCCGGUGCAAGGGAAAAAGGCCGCUUUCCCUCUUUCUUCUCCCUACUCCUCCUUCCCUUGUGCCGGCCGCUCCAUUGCCCAUUUCUCCAUUGCAGCAGAGCACCCAGGAUCCUCUUUGAUAGUGGGGGGAGGGUAAUUUAACAACUGGUUCACCCAGGGUCAGGUUGGCUGUCUUGAGAGACAUAGCCCAUCCCCCAGCUCCACCGCACAUGCAAGAUGGCCAACCUGACCCUGGGUGAAUUGGUUAAAUUAUUUGAAUCCCACUACUGAUUACUUGUCUUUAAAACAAGUUUAAAAGGUUCAUGAACCCACAGAUAAGUAUAUUUCACUCUGAUCCUAUACAAUACUUUUCAAAAUUAUUUUCACUGUGCCUCUAUGCUCCUGCCUCAAUCAUAAAGGAAGAGGAAUUUUAAGAAAAAGCUGGUAUUUAAAAUGGUAAAAACUGAAAUAUUUUAUGCCUGGCAGGAGUCAACAAAAAGCUAUUCAAAAGUUAUUACCAUGAAAAUGAAUUCACACACAGGUUAAACAAGCCACUGUGAUCUAUUACAUGUUUAAAAUUAUAUAUACCUAGACAGUUAGUAAAAGAAUGUGGUCUCUUGCAGCCUCAUCACAAAAAAGAUGGUAUUUGGGACGCCCAUCUUCAGUAAAAUAAUAAUCCUUUCCUUUAUUAUUUCCUAUGGAAAAAUAUAAAAUUUAGCCUGUGUGCAGAAUGUUAAUGGAGUUAUAUAUGUUACCUUCUCUGUUUCAGGUUCAGGAAUUUCUUAUUCAUUUUGCAUUCAUCACAAAAAA